AUGGCUCCCUUGAUUGCCACGAUCGACCCCAACGACGACGCUGUCUUCGAUACCGCCAGCACCACGACCACUACUACAAAGCCCACCACCGGCGGUGGUCAGCGCGCUCUGCUCCUCGCGCCCCCGUCCCUCGCGUCCAACGCCGAUGCCCUCGCCAACGUCCUCACACAAUAUGACCGCUCCAUUACCGAUCUGCAGAUGCUCGACCGCCUGUCGGCCGGCCUCGUCAAGCUGCCCAGCGCCCAGUACGACGUGAUCCUCGUGCUGUCCGACGCCGCCGCCACGCUGACCGAGUCCCUCGGCCUGCUGGACCGCGCCGUCGUCGGCGCCAUUGCUGAGUCGCUCAAGCCAAAGGGCCAGCUGCGCGCCGAGCAGGCCGCCGAGAACCUCGAGACGGCGACGGCGCUCGCCAAGGAGGCCGUUCUCGCAGGGCUGGUCGGCAGCGGCGCCGGCGGCUUCUCCAAGCCCGACUAUGGCGACAACGACGGCGCAGUGUCGCUCAAGCUCGGCUUCCGCAAGAAGAAGGUGGCUACUGCUGCGCCUGCGCCCGCGGCUCCGGCUCCGGCGCCGGCGGUCGGCAGCACCGUCCUCAAUGGCCACCACACCACCAACGGCGGCGCCAAGCCUGCAGUCCCCGCUGGCGUCGGCUUCGACUUUGGCGAUGAUCUCGACGACGACGACAUCAUCGACGAAGAGACCCUCAUGACCGAAGAGGACCUGAAGCGCCCCAUCAACAUCCCCCUCGAAUGCCAGCCCAAGCCCGGCAAGCGUCGCCGUGCCUGCAAGGACUGCUCGUGCGGCCUGGCCGAGCGCCUCGAGGCCGAGGACGCUGCCCGGCGCGCCGAGGCCGACAAGACGCUCGCCGGCUUCAAGCUUGCCGCCGACGACCUGACCGAGGUGGACUUUACCGUCCAGGGCAAGGUCGGCUCGUGCGGCAACUGCGCGCUCGGCGACGCGUUCCGCUGCGACGGAUGCCCGUACAUUGGCCUGCCGCCGUUCAAGCCUGGCGAGGAAGUGCGUCUGCUCAACAACGACGUGCAGUUGUAG